AUGUCGUUCGCUUCGCGCAACAUGCUCUCGACCUUUGCUCGCUCGUUCGCCUCGACGUCGCGCACCUCGACCGUGCCACUCGCCACUGCUAUGCGCGGUCAGCAGAGGUUCUACUCGGCCCGACCCGACCUCGCCAGCGGCCAGAGGGAUGACCACGCACACGGCCCCAUUCCCGGCGCCCACCCGAGCCCCGAGAUCAACGUCGCCCGGACGCGCUCGACGAUCCGCGUGCUGGUCCCCUCGGUCUCGCUCAUGCUCCUCUUUAUCGGCUGGUGGUUCCUCGGCCACGACGACCGUGACCACCGCAAGGCUCGCAUUGAUGUCGGCCCCGACGCCGACAACAAGCUCAAGGGAUCCAAGCACCGCGCCGCCCUCCAGCUCCAGAAUGGCGAGAGGAACGAGCUCGGCGAGAAGAUCAAGUAG